AAAUCAUCUCCAGCCAGCUUAGCUCCCUCCAGCUCCAGUUCCCCUGAGGAGAGAGAAAGCAGGGUGAAGGGAGAUUGCAAAGAAGCACUGUUUCACACUCCAGACCCCAAACUUUCAGACCCGAGGUCCAACACCACCCAAUGGAAGACAAAAAGAAGAAACGGAGUCCUAAGCCCUGCCUGACCCAACCAGCACAGGCCCCAGGCACACUGCGCAGAGUCCCUGUGCCCACCAGCCACAGUGGCUCCUUGGCUCUGGGACUCCCUCAUUUGCCAUCACCCAAGCAGCGAGCCAAGUUCAAGAGAGUAGGCAAGGAGAAAUGCCGACCGGUGCUGGCUGGAGGUGGAGGCGGCUCUGCAGGCACACCCCUGCAGCACUCCUUCCUGACGGAGGUGACAGAUGUUUAUGAGAUGGAGGGAGGACUGCUGAACUUGCUCAAUGAUUUUCAUUCAGGCCGCCUGCAGGCCUUUGGGAAGGAAUGUUCCUUCGAGCAGUUGGAGCAUGUUCGGGAGAUGCAGGAGAAGUUGGCCAGAUUGCACUUCAGCCUGGAUGUGUGUGGGGAGGAAGAGGACGAGGAAGAAGAGGAGGAUGGGGUCACAGAAGGCUUGCCUGAGGAGCAGAAGAAGACAAUGGCUGACCGCAACCUGGACCAGCUGCUUAGCAAUCUGGAAGAUCUUAGCAAUUCCAUACAGAAGCUACACUUGGCAGAGAAUGCUGAGCCUGAGGACCAGCCAGCGGCGUAGGUGUCGCCUAGACUCUUUUGCUGCUCUCCUUCUCUUCAAACUGUGAAUUUUACGGAUUCGGAAGCCCCUUGGUGCUAUGGGGUCGGGGGCACUGGUUGGAAUUAAACAAACAGAAAAGCGA